CCCCGCUCCGGCCGGCCGCUGCACUGCACCAGAAGCCGUGUGCGCCCGGUGAGUCGCUGCUGCUGAAGAGACGACGCCGCUUGUCUGCGCUCAGCCUGACCUGCGACUGGCAAUGGACUACAUGAACAACGCCUCCAACAGCUACAGCUCUGGAGACACCAUGAGCUCCUCCUUAGCCAACAUGACCAUCAGCGACCAGCACCACCAGGAGAACGGCGUGGCCAAGAUGAAAGAGAGCGAAGGAGAAAACGAGGUGAAAGCUGCGGCCUGCGACGCCGCGGAGGGCGGACGCGGCGAUGACGAGGUGCCGCCCGCAGCAGGAGCUCCAGCAGCUCAAGUGAAGAUGGACAACGGAGACAAGAGCCAACCUGCCACCAAACCGGCCUCCUCCCCUAAAAGAGCGUCGGCCAAAACUCAGGACUCUCCUGGAAACGGCCACAGCUCCAUCCCAGUCAAAGCCGGCAGCGGCGCCGGGAGCCGGCCGGCCGGAAGCGCCGGCGGUGCCAAGCCUCAAACCCCCGGAGCCAAAACGACUGCCAGGACCGCGUCAGCUAGUGCCAAGAAACCCCCCACUCCAAAAUAUGACAAAGAUGCCAAGAGCGGCCAGAGCAGCCCCGGCACGACCAAGUCCCCGUCCAGCCAGGCCACGUCCGCCAAGGCGGCGGCCGAGGCCAACAAGGUGAAGAAGGUGGCGGUGGUGCGCUCCACGCCCAAAUCCCCCGGCUCGCUGAAGAGCCGCCCGCCUGCGCCCCUGGUCGCUGCCGCCGCCGCCGCCGCGCCGCUGCCGGACCUGAAGCAGGUCAGAUCCAAGAUCGGCUCCACGGACAACAUCAAGCACCAGCCGGGAGGCGGGAAGGUCCAAAUCCUUGAUCAGAAGGUGGACUAUAGUAAUGUCCAGUCAAAGUGUGGCUCCAAAGGCAAUUUGAAACAUGUCCCCGGUGGCGGCAAUGUCCAGAUCCUGGAUAAGAAGCUGGACUUGACCAACGUUCAGUCGCGCUGCGGCUCUAAAGACAACAUCAAACACACUCCUGGAGGCGGCAAGGUCCAAAUCGUGCACAAGAAGAUCGACCUGAGCAACGUGACGUCGAAGUGUGGAUCGAAAGCCAACAUCCACCACAAGCCAGGCGGUGGAAACAUUGAGAUCAAGAACGAGAAGCUGGAGUUUAAAGUCCAGUCGAAAGUCGGCUCUCUAGACAACAUUGGCCACGUCCCCGGAGGUGGACAGAGAAAGAUUGAGAGCCACAAGCUGACGUUCCGCGAGUCGGCCCGGGCUCGGACCGACCACGGCGCCGAGAUCGUGUCCCUGGAGGACUCCCCCCAGCAGCUCAGCACCGUGUCGUCCUCCGGCAGCAUCAACAUGGCCGACUCCCCGCAGCUGUCCACGCUGGCCGACCAGGUGUCCGCCUCGCUGGCCAAGCAGGGCUUGUGAACGCACCGCCGCCCCGCCCCCUGCCCGAGCCCCGCCUCCACCCCGCCCGAGCCCCGCCCUCCACCUCCACCUCCCUCCGCCCACCUCGAGGAGUUGUGAUGCCUUCCUCGUUACUUUCACAGGACUUUUUUUUAGCUGCCCGCCACUGUUGAUUCUCCACUAACCGUUGACCUUUGACCUUGCUCUUGAGGUGUCAAUAGUUUGAAUCUCACCAGAUUUAAAAAACAAAAAAACAAAAAACAGAUUAACGAAGUAGGCCGACACGUCUCUUUCUUUCUCUCUCUGUGGUUUCUGAUCUGAUCUCCACCUUCUGUAAGUGUAACUGUCAGAGCUGAAGCCCCUGGAAGAACACACACUCUCACACACACACGGUUUCCUGUCACAUUGACCGUAAACCCUUUCUGAAUUUCGGUGUGGUUCCCUCCAUUUCUCUGUUAAUCUACUGCGGGCUGUGGGGGUCUGGAGGAACCAUGACAGAACCUUCAGAACCUUCACAGAACCUCUCAGAACCCAGGAAGUGUUUAGAGAAAAGUAGCGGACACAGAAAAGCUUCUCCGACCUCGCUGCC